CUAGCUGACUUCUCUACUAUGUCAUCAGCGGGCAUCGGAGUGAGCAGACAUUCAGUACUGCCUCCUAUCAUCCCAGAGAGUGAGAAGGAGUUUCUGGAGAGCAUCCAGAGAUACAUCAUUUCAGAAAUUGAGAAAGUAGGCUGUACCGAGGAAGGGCCAGCUGAGGAGUAUUAUGUCAUAUACAGAAAUGUGUUUGAAAUGAUAAUUGAGCACGUCAAGGCAUACAAGAACAUCCUGACUACUAUCAAGCAGGAAUAUGAUGCCUUUAUAGAAACAAUAAAGAAAGGCCAGAGAACUGCAUUCUACCUUCAUGGAAAAUUAAAAGUGUUAGCAUGUGAACCUACAACUCUCAUGUAUUAUAAGAAGAGAAUUACUCAACUGGAAGAGAAGAUAAAGAAAAUUGAGAGCAAUUCUGUAAGAACUGAGAACUUGAUACAGAAAAUAAGAAAUUUUAGGACAGCAUCUGCAGCUGAAACUCCACCCCAAGGCAAAAAGUUGAAUCCUUCUAAGGCCAUACCGGGUCUCAGCCAUAAAGAUUCCUUCAACAUGAAUGCUCUCACUAAGCACCUUGCUCAUCUGCAAAAGCGGAUCCAGGAGCUGAAAGAAGCCGUGUUUACAAAAUAUGUCCCUGUGGAGAACAUGGCCAUUAUUGAAGAGAAGCUGCAUCAUGCCCUGAGCCAGCGAGAUAAGUCCGAGGAAGAGAAUGAGAAGCUGAAGUUUUGCUAUUAUCGAAUAACACAGUUUGCGAAUGCAGUGAAUUUCUGGGAGAAUACAGACAAGAGUGUUGAAACCUUGAAGCAAAUAAUCGAUCAGAUAAAAGAACAUGAAGAAAAAAUUGGAAAAGGUCCAGUUGUCUCCAGCAGCUCAUGCAUAUUUGAACGUGACCCCACCCAAGCCAAAGAGGCAGCGGACUUGAUUGAGUACCUUGAAAGAUUCAAUGAGUUAUUUUCCCGUGGCCAGUAUGAGUCUGCAGCAAUAUUUGCAGCAAAUUGCCCAAGAGGUAUUCUACGGAAUGAAGAGACCAUGGAGAAGUUUAAGGCUAUCGGCAGUAUUAAAGGGAAGAUGCUCCCUCUGCUUAUGUACUGUGAAGCUCUUGUAAGCACAAGCACGGCUGUCAAGUAUCCUCUUCCAGCGAAUUUGACAACAGAAGCCAUCAAAUGUGCCUUGGCGGAGAAGCGGUUAGAUCUGGUGAUGUACUGGAUCACACAGCAAAAACUGUCAUUCAAUGAGGAAACAGGUGAUGCCAUCUAUGCCUAUGGAGAGGAGAACACACACAACGCAUCCAAGUGUCUCGCUUUGGCUCAGAUUGCCUACAGCCGGUGUGGUGCUCACAAGAAAGCUGCUCUGUGCUUGUGCAAACAGGGCCAGAUCUCUGGAGCCAUGGACUACAUCCAUCAGCUCCAAUACUUUCACACAGAUGAUUAUAUCUACCUGAUACAGAAGUGUCCUAGCACACAACUCAUCCGCUACCUAACUCAAGGGUGGAAUGGGAAACCGCCCGCCUUGUCCCUUGGGGCAACAGUGCUCUUUCUCUCCAACAUGGAACAAAAACUCUGUUGCAUACGGCUAUUGGAGGAUAUUGCCAAGGAAGGCAGAGAUGUGUUGGAACAAAUGAUUGUAAAUGAUUCACAGUGUAGCGUGGAGGAGUGGAAAGGGAUAGCCGAAAUAUGCUUCCGGCACAGGAAAAUAAAAUUGGGCAAGCUUCUCAUCUCAAUCCUGACUUCACAGGAAGGCGUGGUUGAACUCCCUCCGGAUGAUGAUGGUGCCAAGUUAAUGGAGCAUGUUUUCUUGUAAUUUCCCUGCCAAGCUCAUGGGGGAGCUCAUUGCCCUCAGAACUGCUUCAGCUAGUUGAGUGAACCACAAAAAGAUCUGUGGUUUUUCUGCCCUUUUCAAACCAUAAAGUAUUUAAUACCUGAGUGUCUGCUUUAAAUGGAAAAUAUCGUGA